AUGGCUGCCGUGGCCGUCCUCCGGAACGACUCGCUACAGGCCUUCCUCCAGGACCGCACCCCCAGCGCUUCCCCGGACCUGGGAAAACACUCGCCCCUGGCACUACUGGCUGCCACUUGUAGCCGGAUAGGACAGCCGGGCGCGGUGGCGCCCCCGGACUUUCUGCAGGUGCCCUACGACCCCGCGCUGGGAUCGCCCUCCAGGCUUUUCCACCCGUGGACCGCAGACAUGCCAGCACAUUCUCCCAGCGCGCUGCCGCCCCCGCACCCCAGCUUGGGGCUAACGCCGCAGAAGACGCACCUGCAGCCGUCUUUCGGGGCCGCACACGAGCUGCCGCUUACACCUCCCGCCGACCCUUCGUACCCCUAUGAGUUCUCGCCAGUCAAGAUGUUGCCCUCGAGCAUGGCUGCACUGCCUGCCAGCUGCGCGCCUUCCUACGUGCCCUACGCGGCACAGGCCGCGCUACCGCCUGGCUACUCCAACCUGCUGCCUCCGCCGCCACCGCCGCCGCCUCCCCCGCAGCCCACUUGCCGCCAGCUGUCUCCUAACCCCGCCCCCGACGACCUCCCUUGGUGGAGCAUCCCGCAGGCUGGCGCCGGGCCGGCAUCCUCCGGGGCUCCAGGGGGCGGCCUCCCUGGUGCCUGUGCAGGAGGUGGGCACGCGCCUCGCUACCCUGCCUCGGCUGCCGCGGCUGCAGCUGCAGCAGUCUUACAACGGGGCCUGGUGUUAGGGCCGUCGGACUUUGCACAGUACCAGAGUCAGAUCGCCGCUCUGUUGCAGACCAAGGCCCCCCUGGCGGCCACGGCCAGGAGGUGCCGCCGCUGCCGCUGCCCCAACUGCCAGGCGGCAAGUGGCGCCCACGAGGCGGAGCCGGGUAAGAAGAAGCAGCAUGUGUGCCAUGUGCCGGGCUGCGGCAAGGUGUACGGCAAGACCUCGCACCUGAAGGCGCACCUGCGCUGGCACACGGGCGAGAGGCCCUUCGUGUGCAACUGGCUUUUCUGCGGCAAGAGCUUCACACGCUCCGACGAGCUGCAGCGGCACCUGCGGACUCACACCGGUGAGAAGCGCUUCGCAUGCCCUGAGUGUGGCAAGCGCUUCAUGCGCAGCGACCAUCUCGCUAAGCAUGUUAAGACGCACCAGAAUAAGAAGCUCAAAGUUGCUGAGGCUGGAGUCAAAAGGGAGGACCCGCGAGAUCUGUGA